AAACAUUUUCUCAACCGCAGUCUAAACCCCAAAUUGUUAUUCCAGCGUCGGAUCCGGGCGCUAUUGUUACAUCUCUGGCGAACUGAGCUGCAAUGAAUUGGGUGUUGGGCCAUUCGAUCAGUUUCACUACCAACUUUAAGGGAAAGGAAUUACACUCUUGUUCUUGUACUGAAAAGGUUGAGAGCUAAUUAAAAUCCUCGUCUUUUCUUCUUCCACAAUGGCUUCAAAGCUUCUGUUUACCCGAAUUCGAACAUUAACCCGACCCUUAAAGUCGUUCACGCACCCGAAUUUCGAACUUCGAAUGCUUAUUCAAACAAGGCAAUAUUCAGAUGCAGCGCUGCCAGCUCCAAUCGACCCGGCUCACGCUCCUUCACUUGUCGCUUCUGCCAAUUUUAAAAGGGCUUCGCAAAGUUCCUUUAACGAAAGUGAGCUCAAAAAGUUCUCGGCCAUUGCGGAGACCUGGUGGGAUGCAGAAGGCCCUUUUAAACCGUUACAUGUGAUGAACCCUUCCAGACUUGCUUUCAUUAGGUCCACUCUUUGCCGGUAUUUCAGAAAGGAUCCAAACUGUGCAAGACCAUUUGAAGGACUGAAAUUUUUGGAUGUUGGUUGUGGAGGGGGUAUAUUAUCUGAGCCUUUAGCUUGUAUGGGAGCCAGUGUAAUGGGAAUCGAUGCUGUGGAAAAGAAUAUCAAGAUCACGCAACUUCAUGCUUGUGCAGGGAAGUAUCCUUUUGCACUGAAAUGUCCGUGCACUCAAAGAAGCAGUCCUGCCAAAUGAUGCAAAAGAUGCCCUUCUUACAAGACUUCAUAUUCUUAAAAUUUUCUUGUAUUACUAGUAUUAUCAUUUGGAUUGUAUUUUGGGAUUCAGUAUGAAUAUUGAUGGGCUUUUAUAUCUUCCCCAAGAUUUGGAUCCUAUAACUUCAUCCAUAGACUAUCGUUGCACAACUGCUGAUACACAUUAAAAAAUAUUUGAUUAAUUGUUAAUUGCUUUCACAUAUUCAAAUAAAUCUUGUAUACACUUA